AUGGCUCGUCCUAAACACGAUGGACUUGGCUGGGACGAUACCGGCUUCGAAUCUUCGCCAGUAUGGGCUCGCGAACCGGCACUGGAUGCCGUCGCAAAAGUAUGUCGAGAGAAGCUUCAAGUCGAUGACUCGGAAACCUGUGAAGUCUCGUUUUUUGCCGCAGGGGGCUUUAAUAAACUGUAUCUGGCUCAAACGAGUCUCCGAAAGGUGCUCAUGAGAGUCUCACUGCCCGUAUAUCCGCAUCACAAAACCCGGGGCGAAGUUACUACACUGCGUUUUCUUCGUCGCACGACAGAUAUUCCAGUACCAGGAGUUAUAGCCUUUGAUGACACGGGGAACAACGAGAUCGGCUUCGAAUACAUAUUGAUGGAGCUACUGCCGGGAGUCUCGGCAUACAAGAAAUGGCGAACUUUGAACACAUUCCAAAAAGUGGCCCUUGUUCAGCGUAUGGCCGAGAUUCAAGCACAAGUAGCCCGACACACAUUCACUGAAAUCGGCACCCUAACAAUCAACGAUGGAGAAACCCCCCAAAAAGAACAGCCGGGAGAGAUGGUUUCAGCAUUCUUCUUCUGGGGUAACCAUUUUGAUUAUCAAGUCAAUCGUGGACCGUUCCGGUCAAGUCACGAUUGGCUCGCCUCUUACAUCGAUGUCAUUAUCAAAGACCAAGCUAUAGCCAAAGAUGAGGCAGAAGACAAAGAAGACGAGGAAGACGCUGAUUUUUCGCUGGCGCUUGCCCGUAGAUUGCUCGAUCUACUGCCUGGAAUAUUUCCCUCUCUUCAGAAUCCUGCUGAGCGUUCAGUAAUAUGGCACGAGGAUUUAUCGCUUAGCAAUAUCUUAAUAGAUGAUCUGGGGAAUAUUACCGGCAUCAUCGACUGGGAAUGCGUCUCCGCUAUGCCGCUAUGGUUGGCCACAAAGUUACCCAGGUUCUUAGAAGGCCCAACCCGAGAGGAAGAACCAAAUAGACAAGCAUAUGCCGACGAAAACCCCGAAGAUCGUCAAGUUGAAGGGGGGAGCGAAGACGAUGAACUGGACAAUGAAGGAAAGAAUGAGUUGUACUGGAUUCACUUAUUGGAGUACGAAACGACCCAGUUGAGGCGGGUUUACAAUACACAUAUGCGUCAGCUAAGACCGGAUUGGGAUAUUGAAGUACAAGACAAUGCACUGAAGGAUGAUUUCAUCGGGGCAGUUUUCAGUUGCAACCAAGGCGUUUUUCUGAAAAGGAUUGCUCGGUGGGUUGAUGCCGUAGAGAAGGGAGAAUUUCCCAGAUUUGUGGAUGUUUUAGAGCAAAGACUGGUAGCUUAG